GCAUCUCGAAUCUUUCCAUCCGCUCUCCAACCCGGCCAUAGCUCUGCUCAUUGCGACGCAUCCUUCAAGGAUUAUCUCAACAUGGCGAAUGAACAAUCAGCAGCUUGGCCUAUCGCCGAUGAAGCUCUGUCCACUGAACUCCUCGAUCUUGUCCAGCAAGCAUCUCACUAUCGUCAGUUGAAGAAGGGAGCUAACGAAGCCACCAAGACUCUCAACCGCGGAACAUCGGAGUUGAUCAUUCUGGCUGCUGAUACCUCCCCGCUUGCUAUCCUCCUCCAUCUUCCCCUACUUUGCGAAGAUAAGAAUACCCCCUAUGUCUAUGUCCCUAGCAAAGUCGCUUUGGGCCGAGCAUGCGGUGUAAGCCGUGCCGUUAUCGCCGCCAGCAUCACCAGCAACGAAGCUAGCGAUCUGUCGGCGCAGAUUCGGAAUAUCAAGCAGAAGGUUGAGAGAUUGAUGAUUUAAAAUGUUGUGUGCAAUAGUAAAAUGAUGGCGUGUAGCGAGAGAACUUUGGAUUUGUGGAUGUUGUCAUUCCCACACGUCAUGCUAUCCGUUUGUUCUGGCAGCUAAGAUAACUUGGGGGAAUGGAGUUUUCUUGAUACGCUCAGGGGAAUUUGCUGGCGUUAUACUAGGAUAUAUGGACGGGAUUAUGGUUUUCGAAGAGAAAUUUACGGCACUGCCUUAAGUAAAAUGAAAUUUCGUGGAAUAACAUUUAAAUAGUCCACAUUCAUGCAACCAUCCAGGCCCACCUAAUGCCAUGUAUGAUAUGCCACGCUAUGAUCGAUAUGUCCUCGCC